CUAUAAUUGAGAUUUAUUCCCAAAAUAGUCCUUUGUAAUAAGGUAUUUUUCCAAAUCAGUCUUCAAUAAGUUUUAAUUACCUAGGUGGUCCUCUAUAAUUGAGAUUUAUCCCCAAGAUGGUCCUUCAUAAAGAAUGUUACUCAAAUGAGGAUUAAUUGAGGAAUGACAAUUUCUACUUGACCGGUUAGAUGAAUGAAGUAUUCGGUUCGAUCUAAUAGAUGAAGAGUUGAAAAGAAAAAAAUGAUAGAUAUAUAUACUGUUGGAGUUCCCACAUCGGAAAAUAAAGAUGAGUAUCACUUGCAUAUAUUGAAGGAUGAAGCCCUACCUAUCAGCUUAAGCUUUUGGGUUAGAAUUGUGGAUCCCGACUUUAUAUGCAAGUGGUUAAUUUUACCCGACACUCUAUCCGUUGUUCUCGGCCCACCGGAAUUUCUACAUGGUAUCAGAGCAGGUCCGGUCCGGGUUUGAUUGUUCCUGGUUGUUUGGAUGUGGGUUUAGCAAAAAUGAGCUACCCAUAUGUGGUUUGGGUUGAGUUGGCUAAAAAGAGAUUGAGAUGCCACUGCCCGUUGUGUGGGCUAGCUAUAAGAGAUUGAGAUGCUAUACCCGCUUGUCCAAGUGCUAACUAGGCCAGGCUAGUUACCACUUGCGGGGGAGUGUUGGAGUUCCCAAAUAAAGAUGAGUAUCACUU